CAAGUGUCUAUCCCCCUCGCACUUCAUUUGAAGUGUCAAGUCACAUACGACAUCUUUUCGAAUACCAGGUGGAAACCAGGAGAGGUAAGGCUUUAUUCCCCAUCCUCAGUAUCAAUUUCAGAAAUAAACUAACUAUUCAACAAGAUGUACGUCCAAACCCGCAGCAUCCGCGACUUUGCCUUCAUUAACUCCCAAUCCGAACGCUUCGGCGCCACCGUGCAAUUCAGCAAGAUUCUGCGCGCAUUGUAUGAGCACCCAGACUGGUCGCAGAUCUACAACUUCUGCAGCAAACGCUACUCCAAGCGCGAAGUUCUCUCAAACCGUUCCGCACGAGUGUUAAAACCAACGAACGACGAGCUGGGGUUUAGUUUCAACACCAACAAGACCGUCACCGUGGACUUCAACACCGACCCAUCGUCCAUCGGUCUCCCACAGGACUUCAUCACGCAAAUCGCCAAAGCGACUCGCAAAGCGGUCGCGCGAAUGCUCGGUCCAGAUCCGAUUAAUUGCUCUAUCGGCCCAGCCAUCAGCUUAGGCAUUGGCGCAGCGUCAUAUAUGGAUCUCAUCUACGGUGGCAGCGCGCCUGGCACUGAGCGCCCCUGGGCACCGACGAAAUGGCUGGGGGAGAUCAAGGCAGACGGUCGCGGCCGCACGCCCAAGGAGUGGAAAUCACUGUGGGAAGUGAUUGCUGACUGGGUCUACGAGAACGACGCGAUGUCGAUCAUUGAAUUUGGCGGAAUGCAUACGUUCAAGUACCGCCUGAGCGAUGAAGAGAAUAAAGAGAGAUAUCUUGGCUUGAAGUGUCCGCGGAAGUACCUUCAGACAGAUGCAAUUCAUGGGGCGGAUGCGAUUCGGGAUAUGUUUGAUCAGCUCAUCGAGACACCGAAGAAGUUCCAUGGGAUUGAGUGGGAGUUUUUGGAAUUAGAGGCGGAUCCAGACGUUCAGACUGCAUUUUUGGCGAGGUUUGGACCGAAGCCGGCGGACGCGGCGAAGAUGGCGGAGGAUAUGCAGAGGAAUGUUAGUCCCGUCAGUUACUACAGACUUGGGUACAAUGAGGUCCCUCCAAAUCGGCUGAGGCCAUGUCCAGAAACGUAUAAUGGAACUGACUGGGAGAGAUGGAUGCUUUCUAUUGAGGGAGGCUGUGUCGUCGCGGUAGACACUGUUUUCCAGGUGAGUACCUUACGUGAUCCUCUUCAAUCACUCAUUCUAACUUGUAAAAGGCUCUGUGGGCGGUGAUGUUGUUGACAUAUCUGCCACUGCACAUCAAAAUCAUGAACAAAAACGACGCUUUUCCAAAUUUUCCUGAUCUAGAUUGCGUUUAUUUGUAGCAUUUUAUUAAACACAUAGGCAGUGUCAUACAAUUUAAUAUGCAUUCCUCUUCCCGCAUUUUACUGUGGCUUUCUCCAUGGCUGGCUUCUGGCCCAGAGCUUCGAUGUUCUGGCCUCCGACGUGAGACACAUGCCGGUAGGUCUGAUUGUAGUCAUAUGUAAUGUAUCUUCCUUGAUCUCCUCAAACCGCCCCUUUGCGCUAGAUACGUUCCCGGUCUUCCAACCGCUACUGUCUAAGACACCGUCCUGCAGCAAAUACCGAAAAAUCAGAUGUUGUGAGAGCACCUCAGUCAGAGCCAAAAGUGGACCCAAGGAGUUUUUCGGGGCCGUGGAGGCGUCAUUGAAAGUCGAGUGUUGA